AUGAAUUUGUACUUUUACGUUCAAUUUUUAUUUGUAAUUGGGGUAAUUAAUAUUCCAAAUAUAUCUUCACAAGGGAAAAUUAAAAUGAAAAAUUCGGCAGAAUUAUAUUCAAAAAUAUUAUUAAAAUAUUUACAAACAAAUAAAGGAGAUUUAGAAGGGGUUAAAAGAUAUUCUGAUUUAAUGUUUUUAUUUAAUGCUAUUUUGGCUACUACAAAGGCGGAAAGGGAAUUGAAUAUAUUUAAAGUAUAAA